GGUCUUUGUCUUCCUCAGAACACAUGAGAGGAGAGAUAGUAAGCAGAAACAUCCCUGCUGCAAGUAAAGGAAGGCUUCCCACCCAAGAAGAAUGACUGCCAAGAAUUCCUCUGUGAUAGAGUUCAUCCUCGCAGGCCUGACAGACCAACCAGGACUCCGCAUGCCCCUCUUCUUCUUGUUUCUAGGUUUCUACAUGGUGACUGUGGUUGGGAACCUGGGUUUGAUCUCCCUGAUUGGGCUGAACUCUCACCUUCAUACCCCUAUGUACUUCUUUCUCUUCAAUCUUUCUGUAAUAGAUUUCUGUUAUUCCUCCACUAUCAUCCCAAAAAUGCUUAUGAAUUUUAUCUCAAGGAAGAACAUCAUCUCACACUCAGGGUGCAUGACACAGUUGUUUUUCUUCUGUUUCUUUGUUGUCUCUGAGUCCUUCAUCCUGUCAGCCAUGGCAUAUGACCGUUAUGUUGCCAUCUGUAACCCCCUGAUGUACACAGUCACCAUGUCUCCUCAGGUAUAUUUACUUCUUUUGCUGGGAGUCUAUGUGAUGGGCUUCUCUGGGGCCAUGGCCCAUACAGGGAACCUCAUGAAUCUGACUUUCUGUGCUGACAACCUCAUCAAUCACUUCAUGUGUGAUAUUCUUCCCCUUCUUGAGCUCUCUUGCAAUAGCACCUUCAUAAAUGAGCUCGUAAUCUUUAUUGUUGUGGCCUUUGAUAUUGGUGUGCCCAUUGUCACCAUCUUCAUUUCUUAUGCCCUCAUCCUCUCUAGCAUUCUUCGCAUGCAUUCCACAGAGGGCAGGUCCAAGGCUUUCAGCACCUGCAGCUCCCACUUGAUUGUGGUUUGUCUUUUCUUUGGUUCUGGGGCUUUCAUGUACCUCAAACCUCCUUCCAUUUUGCCUCUUGACCAAGGAAAAGUGUCUUCCUUGUUCUAUAUGAUUGUGGUGCCCAUGUUGAACCCUCUGAUCUAUAGCUUGAGAAAUAAGGAUGUCAAAGUUGCUCUGAGGAAAACCUUGGGUAAGAGAAUUCUUUCUUAACAGAGGAGCAGUAUCAUGAGCUACAGUGGUGUGACUGG